GGUCUCUCCAAGAAUGCCCGCAAAAGAUUAUUGAAAGAAAAACGGUGGAUAGAAGGUAAAGCAGAUCGAAAGGCCAAAUUCAAACAAGAGAGAGAGGCAAUGCGACAGAAACGACUUGCAGAAGGUCUUUCAGCCAACCCAUCUCGCAAAAAAAACAAGAUUGACCAGGAAAAUAGUGGCAUUCGUAUUGCUAUUGACUGCAACUUUGAAAAAUACAUGACUGAUCAGGAGAUAAAAAGCACGAUUGUUCAGCUCGGAUUUUGCUACUCGGUCAAUCGAAAGCAGCCUAAACGACUGGAUCUCUCUGCAACAUCAUUUACACCCCUACUUCAAAAACUUAUGGCAGAACGUACACCAACGUACUCAAACUGGCGAAAUUUUGAAUUCCAUAGUGGCCAUUAUUCAGAGGUAUACGAACCCACCAAUUGUGUGUAUCUUACUGCGGAUUCUCCCAAUACCUUGCAGGAAUUAGAUCCAACCAAAGUAUAUAUUGUUGGUGGAAUUGUUGAUCGUAAUCGACACAAGAGUCUAUGCUUCAAUGAUGCUUUAAAAACUGGCGUGUCGCAUGCAAAAUUGCCACUUUCAAGUUAUGUUGAUAUGCCAAGUCGCAAGGUAUUGACCAUCAACCAUGUGGUCGAGAUUUUAGUAAACUAUGCCAAUUCUGGAAAUUGGGAAGAUGCAUUUUUAAAGGUACUGCCCGUGCGCAAAGGCGCAAAGUCAAAGGCAUCCGAAUCC